AUGGUCUCAGACUCCUCCUCGCGCGCUCUCACCGAGCAGCCCAAGAACGGCACCGACGUCCGCAACCGCGCCGGGAUCGCCUCGUACACGGCGCACUGGGACGCCCAGUCCUCUCAGGACACGGCAGCGCACACGUCCCGUCGGAAGGACCACUACACGGACGUCGUGAACGGGUACUACGACGGCGCGACAGAGCUGUACGAGUACGGCUGGGGAGAGAGCUUCCACUUUUGUCGGUACUACAAGGGCGAACCGUUUUAUCAGGCCAUCGCGCGCCACGAGCAUUACCUGGCGCAUAUGGCGCGCAUCAAGAAGGGCGACAAGGUCCUCGACGUCGGAUGCGGCGUUGGUGGACCAGCGCGCGAGAUCGCCCGCUUCACAGACUGCAACAUCGUCGGCGUCAACAACAACGAGUUCCAGGUCCUCCGUGCGCGCAAAAAGACGGCCAAGGCAGGCCUCUCGGACCAGGUCUCGUUCGUCAAGGGCGACUUUAUGGCCCUCGUCGAGCAGUUUGGCGAGAACUCGUUCGACGCAGUCUACGCCAUCGAGGCGACGUGCCAUGCGCCGAGCUGGGAGGGCGUCUACGGCCAGAUUUUCAAGGUCCUUAAGCCCGGAGGUGUCUUCGGCGUCUACGAAUGGUGCAUGUCCGACACCUUUGACCAAUCCAACCCUCGCCACAAAGAGAUCCAGCACGGCAUCGAGCUCGGCAACGGCAUCCCCGAGAUGCGUCCCAUCGCUCUCGCACGCGACGCACUCAAGACCGUCGGUUUCGAGAUCGAGCACGAGGAAGACCUCGCCCAGCGCGACGACCCCGUCGAGUGGUGGUUCUCCAUCUCGGGCGACUUGUCCAAGUGUCAGAGCAUGUGGGAUUUCCCGACGCUGUUCAGGAUGACAAAGGUCGGGAGGAACAUCACGGGUUAUGGUGUCUGGGCGCUCGAGAAGUUGGGCUUGGUCCCCAAGGGCACGUGGGACGUCCAGGAGGCACUCAAGGUCGCAGCCGACUCCCUCGUCGCCGGCGCGAAAGAGAACCUGUUCACGCCCAUGAUGCUCUUCGUCGCCCGUAAGCCUCACUCGCAGUAG